CUGCCACUGCUGUCAUAAUGACGUCUAGUGUUCAUGUUUUGUAAACUAAUUUUUUGAUUAAAAUUAAUAGUGUAGAAUUAAUGUAAAUACUAACAGAAGAAAGUAAUAAAUAACACUGCACCCUAAUCGCAACCAUAUUUCAUGACCCCUGCUACGAUGGAAUUGCAAGCACAAGAAUAUUUGAAACAAAAAAACUGGGUGCAAGCAAUAGAGCUACUUAACAAACUUUUAACAAAUAAGCAGAAUAGCGUCGAACAGAUCGUGGGCUAUCUCACCGAUAGGGCGGAAUGCUUUUUAGAAUUAAAUAAUCACCAAGCUGUUAUCAUAGAUUCAAAAAAUAUUAUCAAACUUUGUCCUGAUCAAACCAACUAUAAUGUUUGCCUGGCGAGAAAACGACUAAUACAUUCUCUGUAUAUGAUUAAACGUUAUACAGAAGCAGACAUGGCUGCUAGAGACUGGUUGAUUCUCAUUCAAGAAUCUGAUGUUAACAAAGAGAUUAAGGCAGCAUUAGAGGGUUUGUUGGGAAGUUUUAUUAACUGCACUAAUUCUAAACAGAAGACGAUUAAUCUAUUAAAGAUUUUAGAUGCAAAUUUCACCAAUGGUUUCAAUAACUCAGCAAAGUCCGUACCUCCACCGCUGGUCUCCUGCGUCUAUUGUAACGUCACAUUUAACGAUAAGAACGAGUUGCGCGCGCACUGCCAAACCGAAGCACACGAGAUGACGGUAAUGUCAGACGACGGGCGCGAUUGGCGUUGGCGCCCGCCCCCCAGAGGCGUCACCUACGACGCCUACCUACCGUGCGAUAACUGGCGCGAAGCGAGGUGUUGCCGGUACGGGCUACAGUGUGUGCGCGCGCACGGCGAGGAGGAACUUGCCGAAUGGAGGGAGAGGUUUAGAUACAGGGAGAUGCGGAUGCAGCGGGCAAAAGAGAAGGAACUGUUCGGAAAAUCCUACACUGAGGAUAUUCUCGAAAAAUGGGCCCAAUCUUCCAGUCCGAACUCCCUGAUGUGCAGCAAAAUCGAAGAGGUCGAAGACCACUGUAGCUGUCCCCUAUCGGUGACUGUUUCUUCGAAAAACAGUUUGCACGAGUGGACGUUUUUGCUGAAAACCAAAAGGCCGCUGAAGGCGGUGGCCCUGUUGCAGGACACUCACAGAAAUCACUUUUACAUAGCUAAUAUUUUCAUUAAAAAUUGCAAGAUCGAUCUGAAGAACGACCAGGAAUGGAUAUCGCCGCUGUUGAACCAGGAAUCAAUGUUAGCUGUGGAAUAUAGAAUCAAGGUUGUGUUUACUACGGGCAUUUUUGGAACGUUCAGACAGUCCAUAGUAUUCGAUUUUUCCUGCGAACCAGUCCUGGUGAAACACAUGUGCGUAGACGUCGUGCCCGAUCCCGAUUUGGAGAAAAUCAACGAGAUUCGUAAAGAAAUCACUUUGUCUAUAUCGGAACGUUGGACGUUACACAAUUCGGACAUAGUCCCCUUUCAUUCUACGGUAGAAAACGCGAAUCCGAACGAGGAGUGGGAGAAACGCUUGAGAUCGAUGUACCCCUGCCCGCACGCAGAGUCGUUUCUACUGUCGCACGCCACUGUGGCCGAAAAGAAGUUCACCAAGAACAACUACAGAGAGAGAAUGCACGAGUUGCUGUUUAUCGAAGAAAUGGCGAGAUAUGACCUGGUGGCCCAAUACAACCUAACGGCCAAACUCCAAAUCGCUCACAGCUAUAUCUUGUCGCCCAACAGCAUGGCCGCAAGCACGGCCAAAUACUCCACCAACGGCGAGCUAUUCGCGUCUGUAAAUCUAGGCAAGGAACUCUCAGAAGACACCUCGGAAGGCAGAUUGAUCCUCAUGCACUGCAACAGUGUUUAUAUCAGUCUGUCUGAAGAUGCCUCAAGGAAGCGUAGGGUCUAUGAAGCGUGGAUAGAGGACAAGGGGAAGAAUACAAUCUAUUUGAGGUUGAGCGCCAUUACCGUUAAGGAACUAGUAUUGUCGCCGGACGCUGACGUCGAGGUCGACAUACAGUUCCAAUUAAACAGGAUACCGUAUUGCGAAUGGCAUUAUACUUUAGAUAAAAUGACCAAUUUCAAAAUGAUCUUCCCAGAAACUUACUUAGAACCCAGUAUUCCUUGGUCACCCUCGAGACAAUGGUCCAGGACUUUAGACUCUCGGUUGAACAUCAAGCAGAAAGAGGCAAUCAACGCUAUCACCACCCCGUUAUGCAUACAACUGCCUCCGAUACUGGUUAUCGGUCCUUUCGGAACUGGGAAGACUUUUACUUUGGCUCAGGCGAUUAGGGAGUUGAUUAAGGAUGCCAGUAACAGAAUACUGUUGUGUACACAUUCGAAUAGUGCUGCGGAUUUGUAUAUUAAAGAUUAUUUGGAUCAGUGGGUAGACAAUGGUGAAGAGGACGCCAGGCCAUUGAGGAUUUAUUAUACAAAACGUUGGGUGACUACCGUGCAUCCUAUCGUUCAGAAAUAUUGCCUGAUUAAAAACAACGGCAAUUAUCGAAAUUUCGAAAUACCCACUCUUGACGACAUUAUGAGGCACAAAAUCGUCGUUGUGACGCUCUCCACCUCGGUAUACCUAUCGGCGAUGGGUCUGCCACAAGGAUUCUUCACUCACAUCCUUUUAGACGAAGCUGCGCAAGCCAUAGAAUGCGAAACAGUUACUCCGCUGGCCGUAGCACACGAAAGCACUCGGAUAGUCCUCGCGGGGGAUCACAUGCAGUUGGGACCGGACAUCUUCUCUCUGUUCGCUAAAGAACGAAAUCUGCACAUCUCUUUGCUCGAACGUCUGUACGACCAUUACCCGGGGCAGUUUCCUUGCAAGAUUUUACUAUGUGAAAACUACAGGGCGCACGAAAGCAUAAUCCAGUUCACUUCAGAGUCCUUCUACGAUCAGAAACUGGUGUCCAGCAGCAAACAGCCGCGACACGUGAAGUUCUUCCCGUUGACGUUCUUCACGACGCGUGGUGAAGAUAUUCAGGAUAAAAAUUCGACAGCUUUCUAUAACAAUUCAGAGGUGUACGAGGUGGUGGAACGGGUGACGGAGUUGAAGAGGAGUUGGCCCACGGAAUGGGGCGCGUAUUCGGAUCAAUCCAUCGGAGUGGUGACGCCGUACGCCGAUCAGGUAUUCCGAAUAAGAUCCGAACUAAGAAAACGCCGAGUGGACAACGUGUGUGUUGAGAGAGUGCUGAACGUGCAAGGAAAACAAUUCCGCGCUAUCAUACUAUCCACGGUGAGGACAAGGAAAACGUGCAGCGCCGAUACGGGCCGAACGGAAGUCGAUUACGGGUUCCUGUCGAACUCGAAGCUUCUCAAUACCGCCAUCACACGCGCUCAGAGCUUGGUCGCAGUAGUGGGUGACCCUAUAGCUUUGUGCUCGCUAGGCAGGUGCAGCAAAGUGUGGGAGAGAUUCAUACAGAUCUGCAAGGAUAACGAUAGUUUGUUUGGCAUCACUUGGACGCAGCUCAAGCUACAACUGGAUGGUAUAGAACUAAAGAAAAUAUACACCCUCAACCCUCUGGCUCCGGAAUUCAUCCCGAGAAAAUACAAAGAGUUGGGGAUCCUUCCCAACGCCGCCAAAGUCGAAGCUAGCAUACCAAAAGAAGUAGUACCGCCACCACCGCCUCCCACCACUCUAGUCUCCCAAAUACCGCCUCCCGUCAUAUCGCCCUUCCCGCUCCAAGAUCUGCGGUUCUUUCCGCAAUUGUUGUACCCACAGCAACCACGCCCCUUUCUAUUUAAUUUGCUCCCGCCACCGUUGACGAACGGCUUCACCCAACCCAUACCGAUCGUCAAUCCCUCGAUCGUAGUCCAGCCACGCCCGCCGGUGGUGGCGCAGGUACCGAAGGCGUUGACGGUGGGCGGGGCUCAGAACAUGGGCGUGCAGAGUGCCGGGUGUAAGGCGCAGGCGGGAAGCAUCCAGGCGUCCAGUAAUAAGCUGAUACAGUUUAUGAAUAAUGUUCAUUUCCCUGAGGCGCACGUGCUGAACGAUUGCGUCAAUCUGUUGCCGCAGAAUAUGUCGUUGGCGGAUAUGCUGUUGCAGCCGCCCAGUUUGCAGGAGAGGUGGUACAACUACUUGAGGGAAACGACCGGCUCAGAGGCGGCCGAGAAAUUCAAAUAUCUCCUUCACACGACCAACCAAAAAGGCUCAAAAAUCCUCGACAAAAACAUUUUCGAGCGCUCCACGCCCUCCUCCUGCGAAUCGCCGACGUUCUGCUGGUACGACAGCCCCACCAACCAGAUAAACUUCAACAAACCAGUCUACAUGACGGAAAACGUGUCUGAGCACCAUAACGGCUCGAAGGACAAUGUGAAUUUCGAGGUUUUCGAAAACGGAUUGAGCGAGUCGGAGCUGCAGCGCCACAUUAACGAAGAGUUCUCGAAUCUCAGCCUGGACAGCGAUGUGAACGAAGUCUUCAAAGCGUUAACUUAUAAGAACGACCCCGUUCAUCAUUUGAACGGAGCAGCGGCCGCCGCCGCAAGCGGAGGCAGCCAACAGAGCAGCGGCAGCGUUACGGGGCCCAAGUUCUAUAAAUAUUUUCAGUAGGGCGUUGUUGUUUGUUGAAUUUUUUUAAUCUCUUUUUUUAUCAAA